AUGAGUGCUGUAAGUGCCGACGUGAAGAAGAAGCUACUGCUGGAAAGGAGGAAUAAGUGGAAGCAGAAGAAGGCCGAGUUCGACGCUUUGAAAGUUCAGCAAGAAACUAACCUAAAUAUUAGCGAUGGUAAUGAUGAAAGUGACAGGGCCAGGAAGCUGGCUGAGAGGAAGUCCAAACUAGAAUCCUGGCGACAGAAACGUAGUGAAAAUGCUCAAGCGGAUGUGGCCAAACUCACGGGCAGUCAACGUGGAAAUAAAACUGGGAAAGCUGGGAAGAAACGAAUCUUUGACGACAGCGAUGAGGAAGAAAACGUUACUAAAGUGCAGUUGUUCCAUCCCGUCGGUAUCAGUGUUGAGAAUGACGAAAGAGGGAAAAUUGAGACUGACCUGAUUUCAAAGAAUGACAGUCCCCAAGGAGGUGACGAUCCGUUAGAAAGGUUCAUGAAUACGCUGGAUAAAUUAGACGACUCUAGCACUUUUGCAAGCUCAGAGGUCUUGCAUGGAAUAGGUAAUAACAAAGAUAUCAACUCCGAUGUUGACGGGGACGAGUUUGUCCACGGUACGGAAGGUGAUCAUAUUGAUGAGGUGGAAACAGAAUUUAGACGGCUUAAAAAGCUCAAGUCGAAGAAAAGGGUUAAGAAGAUCGCAUUUGGCGACAGAGGUUUUGAGCCUUUUACUAAAAACUUUUAUGUAGUACCAGAAGAGAUCAGGAAUAUGACCGACACGGAGGUGGACGAACUCAGGUUGAGUCUCGACAACGUAAUAGUCAAAGGUCAAGAUUGCCCAAGACCGAUUCUGAAGUGGUCUCACUUGGGCCUGACUACCGAUAUCAUGAACCUCAUCACGCAAGAGCUGCGAUUUUUAUCUCCGACCCCCAUCCAGGCGCAGGCUAUUCCAGCGAUAAUGUCAGGGAGAGACGUCAUUGGCAUAUCCAAGACUGGCUCCGGAAAAACCGUUUCCUUUCUUCUGCCUUUAAUGAGACAAAUACGAUCUCUGCGUCCGCUCUCCAAAGAUGAAACAGGCCCUCUUGGGCUGAUUCUGGCACCAACCCGAGAAUUAGCCGUUCAGAUUCACCAGGAACUCGUCAUAUUUACUAGAGGUAUGCCAAAUGUAAGGUCCAUUUGUUGUACCGGAGGCUCUGAACUGAAAAAACAGAUAAAUGAUCUCAAAAGGGGAGUUGAAGUUGUUGUGGCAACCCCUGGUAGAUUUAUAGACCUUCUCACUCUGAAUUCUGGAAAGCUUUUGCAUACAGAACGAGUAACGUUUGUGGUAAUGGAUGAAGCAGAUCGAUUGUUUGACCUUGGAUUCGAGCCCCAAAUUACAGAGAUAAUGAAAACAGUAAGACCGGACAAACAAUGUGUUUUAUUUAGUGCUACUUUCCCAGCCAAGUUGAAAUCAUUUGCCUCCAGGAUAUUGACUUCGCCUAUAAGCAUAACGAUAAACUCCAAGAGUCUGAUAAACGAAAAUAUUGAGCAACGACUAGAGAUUUAUGAUUCUGAUGAUAAAAAGUUCGAGGGGCUGUUGUAUCUUCUUGAUCGCCGGAGUAGCUCUAAUGUUGAUAACGAUGAACAAGAUGAAAAGACGAUUGUGUUUGUUUCAAGCCAACAAAUCUGUGAUCUGAUCCAAAUGAAGUUGGCUGACGCGAAUUAUACUGUUUAUGCUAUUCAUGCUGGCAAGCCUUACAACGAAAGAGCAUCGAAUCUGGAGAAAUUCAAAAAUACCAAGAACGGUAUACUUCUUUGCACCGAGGUUUUAUCUAGAGGUCUAAAUGUGCCAGAAGUGUCGCUUGUAAUUAUUUACAACGCAGUAAAAACAUUUGCACAGUACGUCCAUACAACUGGAAGGACAGCGAGGGGAGCUAACCAUGGCGUUGCUAUCACAUUACUGUUGGCCGAUGAAUUUGCUGCCUCGUAUAUUCUCAAUAAGUCUUUCAGAGAUAAUGAAGUCGAAGCAUUGCCAUCAGAAACCUCUGCUUCGUUGAAGGCCAUGGCUGAAAAAUUUGAGUCAGGAAUGAAAACAGGAAAGUACAGAUUAACCAAGGGCUUCGGGGGCAAGGGCUUGGAGCAUAUGGAGAAAAUAAAUGAUGUAAAACAUGACGAGGAGCUGAAGCAGUACGGAGUGGGCGAAAGAGACGCAAACGCUGGAAGCCAUCACGAGCCUGACGAAAAUCUCGAACAAAUUACAGUCCCUAAGUUAGACUAUGUGUUUCAUCAAAGCAACACAGGCUCCAGCCAUACAACAUACAGCGCCGAAGUGAACGUUAACGAUCUCCCUCAAGUUGUAAGAUGGGAAGCUACCAAAAACACAACGCUGUCCUUUGUUAUCCACGAGACAGCGUGUAGUAUUACAAAUAGAGGUAAGUUUUACCCCGAUGGGGGUGGGCCAACCAAAGUUGGCGAUGAACCAAAAUUAUAUUUACUGAUCGAAGCUCAAGAAGAAAAGGAUGUAAGGCUUGCCAUAGAGCUACUGGAGGAAAAAGUCAGAGAAGGUGUGAAGAAAUUUAGCGUUCAAGAAGCCAGAAGCACAAAGUUCUAG